AUGAGCAAAGUACAACAUUUCAACGAUGGAAUAAUACAACAUUCGGUGCACCGCCAGCGCGAUCAGUUCGUCAAUCAACUACGAAGCCGCGAGAAGGACAUUCUCAAACUCGCAUCGACGCAAUGCGGGAAGCCGUCGGCCCGCUUCUUUCAAUCGGCUGCUCUUGGUGAUUACUAUGCUCGGGGAAGCUACAACGUCUCAUUCUUUAUCCGGUUCGCCGACGGGGAGAAGUGUGUCUUCCGCGUACCGCUGCGUCCCUGUCUAGCAUACUGUCCUCGCCUUAAAUUGCAGUGCGAGGUCACCACGAUGCGGUAUGCAACCAUAACCCCCUUAUCCAUGUCGCCGUAUUUACUCAUCAGAAUCAGACACUUGUCAGAAUGCACCACAAUCCCAGUCCCAAAAGUCCUAGCCUAUUGUGCCGACAGUGGCGCUGACCCUCUAUCCACGUUCAUGAUUCUCGAAUACAUUGAUGGAAAACUCCUCUCGCCGACCGAAUUUCGUCGCCUAGCCCCUGACGCAAAAGCCGAGCUAUACAAAUCACUAGCAGAUGUCUAUAUACAACUACGACGACAGGAAUUCCCCUCGAUUGGCAGGCUCAGGCUAGGAGCAAGUGGGGUGCGCAUCAGCGAAAAGACGGCAUCGCUUGAGAUGAACAUGAUGCAACUCGAGGGCUUGGACCCCUUUGGCAUUCAAGAUGUUCAUCACGACGAGUCUGGGUUCCUAACAUCGGCCAAUUCAUACACAAAGAUGCUGUUGAGCGUCGGGUACAACGCUUUUCUCAAGAGUCGGAAUUCCGUGGCAAUCGACAUGGGCCUGGAAUGCCUCUACAACCAUUUCUUGUUCUGCAAGCACGUUCAAAAGUGGGUGGACCCUGGCCUAGAUCAAGGGCCGUUUGUGCUGGUCCAUGGCGACUUGCACUUGUCAAAUCUAUUAGUCGACCAUGAUGUGCGAAUCAUCGGCGUGCUUGAUUGGGAGUGGAGUCGUGUCGUGCCAGUUCAGUAUUUCGCACCGCCUCUUUGGCUUAGCGGACGAGAUGCUGCCCAAUUAGCCGGCCCUAAUUCAUGGCAGCUCUUUCUCGAGGGACCAUUUGCCGAGUUUCUAGCAGUGGUUCAAAGGCGGGAAGCGGAAAUGUUUGGAAACAACCUACUCUACGAUGAGUGGACUCGACGGACAGAAUACGCUGAACCGUUGGUCGCUAAUGCUCUCGAAAAUUGGACCGAAGUGGAUUGGUUUGUCCAUCGAUACUUGGCCAGCAAGGAAGCGUCCGCCGCCCACCAAGAAACUCUGUCGGCAUUUGCUGACGAGGACCCUUUGCGCUCUUUGCUCGCGGACAUAAAGGAACAAGACCACCGCAGAUAUCGCAGAGAGCUGGGCUUGUUGAGUAAUUCUGGCAACUAUGGACAAGGAAACGCGAGUGACGCGGCAGUGCCGGCGACGGUUGGUAGGAGAGCUCAUGUCCAAUAUCGUAUCCCAACGGCUGCUAGCAUUCUCGGUUUGACUGCAGCGGCUUCAGUUGUGAUGGCUGCUGUCUGGUUGAGACUCCGGCCUAGCCCCACCCUUUAA